AUGUACACAUCAAGAGAAAAACAACUAACUGAUAUCAGCAGCAAAGUAAUAAAAGGAUUUUUGACAAGAUACAUUCUAAACACCACAACUUUAAUUGAUGAUGAACUACUACAAAGAAAUGCUUUUGGAGAAAAAGACAAACGUAAACCUCAUAAAACUAUAUUACUGGUUGGAGAAACAGGAACAGGAAAAUCAACUCUUAUCAAUACCAUGGUAAACUACAUGCUGGGGGUCAAAUGUAAUGACAAAAUUUGGUGUGAGAUCAUUGAGACAAAAGGAGACCAAACAGAUUCUCAGACAAAAGCAGUUACAGUGUAUGAUGUGUUUACUGAUCAGAGCCCGAUCACUCUCACCAUCAUCGACACGCUUGGAUUUGGAAGCACAGCAGGACUAAAGGAGGAUUUUAAAGUUGCUGAGACUUUACACUACUUGUUUAAACGUGAAGACGGAGUUCAUGAAAUUAAUGCAGUGUGUCUAGUUGUCUCAGCAGACACCUCUCGACUGACUGAGCGGCAGCUGUAUGUGUUUAAUGCCGUGCUCUCCUUAUUUGGCUGUGAUGUGGAAAAUAACAUUGUUGUGCUCAUCACACAUGCCACCAAAAAGCAGCCUAGAAAUGCCAUUACGACUAUUAAGAAAUCAAAAGUCAGAUGUGCUAAGAAUAAUAAUGGGGAUCCUGUUUAUUACAAGUUUGACAACUCUCACUGUGAAUACUUUACUGAGGAAGGAACAAUAAUAUCAGAAAACUAUUAG